UACCAGAGAACCAAGCAUCCACCAACAACCCCCUUCGUAUCCUUUGGAUCUACGCGGAGGAGACAUGAAGGCCAGCUCCGGAGCAUUGCUCGCCGUCAUGGCGGUGGCGGCGGUGGCCACGACGGCGCUGGCGAUCGACUACAAGGUCGACGACUCCCUCGGCUGGGACACGUACGUCGACUACGACAAGUGGACCGCCGACAAAAUCUUCAUGGUCGGCGACACCAUAACGUUCGAGUACGAGCCGUACCACAACGUGCUGGAGGUGACGGAGGCGGACUACGGCAGCUGCGCCACGGGCAGCCCCAUCUCCACCCACUCCGGCGGCAAGACCACCUUCGAACUCGGUGAGACCAGCACGCGCUACUUCAUCUGCGGCAUCCCCCGCCACUGCACCAACGGCACAAUGCACCUCAAGAUCAGCACCGUGCCGUACGACGCCGCCACCGCCGCCAAAAUGGAAGAAGCAGCGGCCACAGCCGCUCCUUCUCCGGCCUCGCUCCCCUCCCCUCCCGCUGACACCUACGCGGACGCCAAGACCGCGCCGGCGGGCGCCCCGACCACCUCCACGCCUGCGUCCGCGUCCGCGUCCGCUCCGCGGUAUCAGCAUCCGGCGGCGGCCUUGGCCGGGCUUGCGAUCGCUGCUCUUGUGGCCAUUGCCGCGUAAGUUGACGAUGAAGCAACAAACGGACGUACACAAGGUGUCUGAGUAUUCGUUUCGAGGCGUGGUUAACUAUUCGUUGUACCAAAAGGCUUUUUCUUUCUUUCUUGUUUAAACUUUAUUUACUGGUGUUAAUUCCUUGUAUUUGAUGUGUGGAUACAGCUCCCUACUACGUAACUCCAUUUUGAAGCAGAUUUUCGUAAUAUGCUACUAGCUUUAUACUUUUGGGCGAGCAAAAUUUUUUUGCGAGCAAUUUGAUACUGCAUUUUGAUCAG